AUGCCUUCCAGAGAGUCUAUCCCCGUUGAAUCUACCGAAUACAAGGUGGAUCCUAGUCGGUAUGCCUUCUCCCCCCGGAAGCUUCGAGUCGUCUGCAUCGGGGCAGGCUUUUCGGGCCUGAUCCUCGCUCACAAGCUCAAACACGAGCAGCCCCUGGAUUUCGUGGACUUCACUCUCUAUGAAAAGAACACCGAUUUUGGUGGUACAUGGUUCGAGAACAUUUACCCCGGUGUGGGCUGCGAUGUGCCCGCUCAUAGUUAUAUUUUCCCCUUUGAGCCCAAUCCGUCUUGGUCGAAGUGCUAUGCCGGUGGCCCCGAGAUUGAGCAGUACAUCAAAGACACGGUCGAGAAGUACGGCUUGAAAGAGCGUAUUGUCUUCAACACCCGACUCGUCAAAUCCAUCUGGAACGAGGAACGUGGCAAAUGGGCCCUGGAGCUGCAGCAAAACGACGCCAUCAUCCACGAUGAAGCCGACGUUCUUAUCAAUGCCGGCGGGAUCCUCAACCGGUGGAGAAUUCCUAAUAUCGAAGGCCUGAACCAGUUUGAGGGCAAAGUCCUCCACACAGCCGGCUGGGAUAAGACGUAUGACUGGUCCGGAAAGAAUAUCGCCGUCAUCGGCAACGGCUCGUCGGGGCUACAGAUCGUCCCUGCCCUGCAGCCCAAGGCCGCCAAGAUCGUCAACUUCAUCCGUCAACCAACCUGGGUGUCAGUCAAUCUGUGCCCGGACGUGACCAAAGAUGGAAUGGGCACCAACUUUGAAUAUACGGAUGAAGAUAUUAUCAAGUUCCGGGAGGACCCCGAGGGUUUCCUGGAAUACAGAAAAUUCAUCGAACGCUCAGUCAACACCGUCUACAAGAUAAUGCUGAAGGGAUCGGACUUGAAUCGCAUGAUUCUCGUCGCAACAGACGGGGUCAUGAGACAACGUCUCAGCAAGAACCCAGAGCUGAUCGACAAGCUCGUUCCCAAAACCGAGAUUGGAUGUCGCCGUCUCAGCCCAGGAGACGGAUACCUCGAGGCCAUGCAGGAGCCCAACGCCGAAUGGUGCUUUGACCCCAUCGAGCGCAUCACCAAGACAGGCAUUCAGACCACUGAAGGGGAGCAGGACUUUGACCUGAUCGUCUGCGCCACUGGCUUCGACACUACCUUUAUCCCUGGCUGGGAGAUGGUAGGCCGAGAUGAACGACAGCUCGCCCUCGAUUGGAGGAAGACCCCCCAGGCAUACUUCUCGGUCUGCGCCCCCGGAAGUCCCAACUACUUUGUGUUCGCGGGGCCCAACUGCCCCAUCGGCCACGGCAGCGUCCCUCAAAUGCUGGGCUGGAGCGCGGACUACAUGCUGCAAUGGGUGAAGAAGAUUGCCCGGGAAGAUAUCCACUCCAUCGCAGUAAGAGACUCCGCUAUUGCACUCUACAACCGCCACGCUCAGGCAAACUUGAAACACACCGUCUGGAGCACCGGCUGCGCGGCUUGGUACAACAACGGAUCUGCCGUCACGGCCAUGUACCCCGGUAGUGUGCUUCACUUCAAGGAGGCCAUCUCCAGUAUCCGCGGCGAAGACUUCGACAUCCGCUACAACAACACAGCCAACCCAUUUGCCUAUCUCGGCAAUGGCGAGCUCGAAUGGGAGCGAGCAGAGGGAGCAGAUCUAGCCUUCUACUUGAAAUAA